GUCGCUGUAAUAACUUGGCCAAUAUGUUGGAUUUCUUCAGUAUCUUUAGCAAAGGUGGCAUCGUUCUGUGGUGCUUCCAGGGAACAUCGCAAUGGUUCACACCAUCCGUUAAUGCUUUAAUUAAGAGCGUCCUUCUACAACAGCUGACUAUAAUGCUGCUACACCAGUCAAUGGGGAUUACACCUUCCUGAAUAACCUGAUUUACUAUUUGGGUGACCAUAACCAACUCUACCAGAUAUUUUAAGCACCUCAGCAGUGACUCCUGAUGGACCAAGGGCUCUCCCUGUCUUCAUACCUUUAAUUGCAUUAUCUCUGAUGAUCAUACAAUUGGAGAGAAGUGGCAGUAGUUCCUACACUCACGAAUCUCUGACCUUAAAGUAUCGCUUGGACAAUGAAUACGAACUGGUAUUCGUGGUAGCGUAUCAAAAGAUAUUACAACUGUCCUAUGUCGACAAGUUUCUGACUGCCAUCCAAGUGGAGUUUCGGAAUAAAUAUAAAGAUGACCUUCAACGGGGAAAUAUAUCUCGAAAUUUUGAUUUUCGAGAAGAUUUCAAUCUUCUACUCAAGGAAACGGUGGAUGAAAGCAUUUUGCAAGCCCAGAAGCCGAGAAAGAUGAAGAGUUAUGAAGAAUCCCAGAAGUCGAAAAAAACUGUGGCGUCGAUGAUAGAAAAUAGAAAAGAAGACAAGAAGAAAAAAGAAGAAAAGAAUAACAAAGUCCGUCCGACUGAAGUAGCAUUUAAAAUGGCAGCGGCACCAGUGAAAGAGGAGGCUGUGAUCAAAGACACGGCUGGAGAAUUGGAUGAAGAAACUAUUCGAAGAAAUAUUGAGAAAAAGUUCAAGAAAAAACCUGCAAAACAACAACAACAACAAGAUGUUAGCAAGAGCCCAGAAGAUAAGAAGAAGAAGGGCAAAGUCGCUCGCAAAUGGGACAACUGUGUGAGCAAAACUGAUGCGGAAAGUUUGGACUUUAGCUCUAAGAAUGGUUUAGUGAAUGGUGACAUCACUGAUGCUGAAGUGGUGAAAAACCUCACUUCACAUGAUUUGAAUAUGAAAGGACAAAUGAUGGGUGACUUGAAGGACAUGGAACCGGAGAGUAGCAGCGAGGAGGAAGAAAUCGAAGAAGAAAUUGUCCAAAAACCAAGUAAGAAAAGUUCUACAGCCAAAUCCAAAAGCAGUGGUUUUGGAAUGUUCACCAUGUUCAAGAAUUUGGUUGGUUCUAAAACACUGACUAUGGAAGAUAUUCAACCUGUUGUUGACAAAAUGAAAGACCAUUUAAUUGCAAAGAAUGUAGCAUCUGAUAUUGCAUUGAAACUCUGUGAAUCGGUUGCUGCAAAACUGGAAGGAAAAGUGCUUGGAACAUUUGAUAGUAUCACAACGACAGUGAAAAAUACCCUGAAUGAAUCCUGUGUUCAAAUUCUGUCACCCAGGAGACGAAUUGAUAUCCUUCGUGAUGCAAUGGAAGCAAAACAACAGCGCCGUCCUUACUGCAUCACAUUUUGUGGUGUUAAUGGCGUUGGCAAGUCAACUAAUUUGGCCAAGGUGGGAUUUUGGUUGGUCGAGAAUGGUCUGCGUGUCCUGAUCGCUGCCUGUGAUACAUUCCGUGCAGGGGCAGUGGAACAGUUGCGCACUCACACACGUAAACUGAAUGCACUUCAUUCUCCUGAAAUGCAUGGUGGCGUUCAAAUGGUGCAGUUGUAUGAGAAGGGAUAUGGGAAAGAUGCUGCCAGCAUCGCAAUGGAGGCAAUCAACUUUGCUCGUGACAAUCGUAUCGAUGUUGUCCUUAUUGAUACUGCUGGGAGAAUGCAAGACAAUGUUCCAUUGAUGAAAGCUUUGGCAAAACUAAUUAAAGUGAACCAGCCGGAUCUGGUUCUGUUUGUUGGAGAGGCUCUGGUUGGAAACGAAGCUGUUGAUCAGCUGACCAAAUUUAACCAGGCUUUGGCAGAUAAUUCGAAUAUGGCUAAUCCACGUCUAAUUGAUGGGAUCAUCCUUACAAAGUUUGAUACCAUUGAUGAUAAGGUGGGAGCUGCCAUCUCUAUGACCUACACUACAGGUCAACCAAUUGUGUUUGUGGGCACAGGUCAGACAUACACUGACCUCAGGAAUCUCAAUACCAAAGCUGUUGUCCAGGCUCUACUCAAGGCUUAAAUCAAACAACAACAACAGCAACAUACUGAGGUCACUGGGUGCAUUAUUCACUUGGUUGUUUCAUGUUUUUGUAGAGACUUUUCUAGAGAUUCUAUUAACUGCCUGACACCACAUUCACACAUCUUUACCUACAUGCACACACACACAAACACAACAGUCUUUCUCCCCCCCCUCUCUUUAUAUAUAUAUAUAUGCAUACACCCCCCACAUACACAUCUACACACACACACACACACACACACACGAUUAUGGAUUUCUUUCUACUGACUGGCAUUGGAAGCAGAUUUCUUCUGUAAAUCAAAAGUUGAGAAAAUCCUUUUGAUUGGAUUCACACUUCAAGAUGAAAACUGUACAAAAGUGUGUGUGUGUGUGUGUGUGCCUCUAUAAGUUAAGUUAUGCUGAUAAAACCUGGAGUAGAAGUUUGUUAUUAAAAUCUAUAAUUUUUAUUAAAUAAAAG